AUGUUCACGUCAUCGACUUUUAGGAACCCAGAGUUCAUGGAGACCUGCGCGCGAGAUGGAGUGUCGGCGAGCGACGCGUUCGCCACUGGGGCAAAAUUUGCGUUUGACGAAUCGCCAGUGGAGGAGGAAGAUUUCGCUCGUGCGCUCGCUGAUGAACAGAAGCGGGUCACGGAGAAGUACCUCGCCAAGCGAAACGGAAUCUCGUUUCACAGCGCUGGUCCGCAACAACCCGUCGUGGCCCCACCGCCAGCGGACGAGGCGCGACAGGCGGCGAUAAAUUCACAAAUCGCGAAGGCGCGGGUCGAGGCACGCAUCGCGCUACAGAAGGCGGGAAAAUUAGCGUAG